UGUAUGGGAGUAAACAGAAAAUUAUUUUUUUAUACGAAUUUGUAUGCAGCGCAGUUAGAAUUUAACGUCGCCCAAAACCGAUUCGGAAGCAUGAGAAGGUCGAUUCGCUGGGGUUCUACCUGACUAGAUUUAAAGUUGACCGGUGAACUGUUUUUAACGCGCAGUCGUCGAGUUCGAUGAAAAUGUUCGGGGAGGAUGGGAGCAAGUUUGUUGUAUUUGCGCUGGUUCUGACGCUUUUCUGCGACAGGACGUCUUCAGAAUGCGCGCAGCUAACACCUUGCAGUUGUAUAUUCCCUAACGGCCAAGGAUACAAUCUGACACAGCUCGGUGGCUCAAGGAAUUUUACAGCGAGUGCCAAUGGUCAAACUUUCUAUUUUCAUCCAUGCUCGAAUAUACAGAUGAUAAACGGUAGCGAAUGUUAUAAUGGAACGGGAGUCUCUUUAUGUCUAGUCAAUAAAAAUAAAACUAUUAGUCUUGGAACUGUAGAGGAAACCACUAUAAACAUAGAAUCUGAAAGUUCCACGAAACCUGCUUUAACACUUCGUCACGGAAGUUAUACAACAGUAAUACGAUUGCUGUGUUGUAACAGUUGUAAUACACAUUUGGUGUCUGAUUCUAUUGACAGCGAUAAGGAUUACCAUUUGCUACUGAUGUCUCCUUACGCUUGCCAAAGUCAAUUACGCACAAAGGGCCUUUCGACUGGCUCAUUACUGGUCAUCUAUUUGUUUGUGUUUACUGCUCUAUAUUUUGUCGGCGGAGCGAUAGCAUUGAAAUGGUUGAGAGGAGCGACUGGUCGGGAAAUGAUAGCGAAUUACAGCUUUUGGCGGGAGCUUCCUUCACUUGUCAGAGAUGGCAUUGCCUUUACCUUCAGUUGCGGCCGAGGCGAUAGCUACGAAAGAAUAUAGAAGCUCAACUUAUUUAGAUACAGUGUUCCAUUUUAUGAUAGAUUUUAUACUAUAUAAAUAACGAACGAUGUUUAUGUUUCAUGUGUUGCAUAUGUUAGAGUUUACAGACGAUUAUAUUGUUUAACGUUCUGCACAGUAAUUCUGCUCUUACCAAGAGACGAAAGUAUUUUCUACGACAUAUACUUCUCUUGUACUUUUGUAAAAAUAACAUGUGAUAUUUAUUAAUUAAUUCUCGUAUGUAUAUAGAUACACGUAUAAAAACAGGAAAAUUACAUUGAAUCGAUCGUGCGAGGACUCGAAACGCCUCUGAUCGGAGAGUAUCAGCAA